AUGUUCGUUUCUUUUUCACUGUUUGCUCUUAGUCUGAUUCUUCUUAUACACGAAUCGACACAACAAACUUCGCUACCAUAUACUUUUGGCUAUCGAUCAUCGUAUAAAUUUCAUCAGCAUGGAAACAUCAAUCUAAUUAUUUCGGCGCCUCAUGGUGGUAGUGUGAUGCCAACUGAUGUACCAGAUCGAUCAUCCGGUGGUUGUGGUCGUACAGCAGACCCGACUAUUUUUUAUUGUUCAUGGAACUAUAAUGAUACCUGCGUUGGUGCAAAUCCUUGCGAUGUAGGUAGUAUCAGAGAUGUCUUAACUGAUGAGUUUGCUUCGAAUGUAGCAAAUGAAUUAAAUAACAGAUGGGGAUACAAACCAUUUGUAAUUCUUGGUGUAUGGUCACGUGGAAAAGUUGAAUUUAAUCGACCAAUUAUAGAAGGAACACUGCAACAGCCUGAGUCAGCUUCUAGUUAUCAAGGUUAUCAUUCGUUUAUCAGUGACACUGUUGAUCUAAUCUAUCAAAAUUUUGGCACAGGUCUCCUGAUUGAUUUUCAUGGACAUGCAGCCUCAGUUGGAGAUUUUACUAUGGCUGGCUAUCUUUUAACCAAGAAACAUCUCAGUGUAGAUGAUCUAAAUACAUUAAAAGUAAUAACAUCGAUUGAACCAUUGUGUGGCUCCGAUCGUAAUGAAUGUAUUCGUGGUCAAUCUGCAUUCGGUAGCAAACUCGAACAGAAAGGACUUGGCGUUGUUUAUCCAUCAUUGGCACAUCCCAAACCAGGAAAUCUUACCUUUUUCGAAGGUGGCUAUAUCACAAGCAAUUACAUUUCAAAAAUCAAUGCCAUGCAAUUUGAAUUACCUCCUUCCCUCAGUUCAACAAAAAAUCGAACUGAAUAUGCCAAAAAAUUUGCCGAAGUCAUUGUCGAAUACAUGACUGAGAGAAAUAUACUCCGAUCAUUUCCAACUCGUCGAUAA